ACAAAAGUUGAGUUUUUAUUCGAUUGCUAUAAAUUUAAAGUCAAUAAUACGAAAUUCAUUGUGAAAUGGCUGAUGAAAAAUUAUGGAAAACCGUACCAUUCUACCCAAAUACAUUAGUGGAUUUAUUCCAAAAUGAUAUUGGCGACAGAAUAGAGGAAAGAGUGAAAAAGAUAAGGUCAUGUUUAAGUAAAAAGAGAUAUACACCCUUUUCAAACCUAUUCGAACAAAAUCAAAAUUUUCCUGAUCUACACUAUAACUUAUCAAUAACUCAAAAUCAAACGUAUGGCCGAUUCGUACAAGCUACGGGUAAUAUCAAUGCUGGUGAAAAGAUUGGUGAAGCAAAAGCUUUUGCAGCCGUUUUGGAUAAAACCGAUAUGCCCUAUUGUCUCACAUGUUUUGUAACAAAAACAUCGAAAUUUCCGAUAUGUUGUGCGAGGUGUAAGGCUGUUUAUUGCAGUAAAGAUUGCGCAGAAAUGAAUAAAACACACAAAUAUGAAUGUGCGACCAUCAUUCAAACCAUCAAAUUUGGACCAAAUAUUGAUGCUAAAUGUGCAAUGCAGAUGCUAUUCAAAAGUUUAGCAAUAUUCAAAGAAAAUGUCGGCAUGAUGUGCGAAGCUGUGAAGGGCAUGCUUUCAGCGCCACAUAAUAAUAAUAAUGCAAUUCAAACAACAUGUCCUGUGCAAGUUAACAAUGGACGAUCAAGAUUUGUGGCGAUUAUGCGACUUGAAGGGGAAACUUAUCCUGGAUUUGAAAGUCAUCUCAUACUAGCAAUUCAUAUCCUUCAAAAAUGCGAGAAAAUUGUGGAACUUUUCCAUUACUAUCCACAUUUCCUGCAACAUUUACUGGGACAUUUUUUAAAAGCUAUAAAUCAAAAUAGUUUUAUGGUUCCAGUGCCCGAUGGUGAAGAUCGCACAGUUAUCAGGAUGUUAAUAUUCGAUACGUUUUCUUACUUCAAUCAUGCAUGUUCGCCAAAUGCGUUGCAUUUUAUUGAAGGAAAUCGAAUGACACUUAUUUCAAGUUGUCCGAUUUCCACACAACAGGAAGUUAAUAUUUGCUAUAAGGAAUGUGGGGCAGAAAAUGAUACUAAUCAGCGUCGCCAGCUAUUAAAAUCGGAGUGGGGAUUUGACUGUAAUUGUACUAGAUGCAUGUAUGGACAUCAAUACGGAAAAGAAAUUACUCAAAACGAUAUUGACUGUGUACCUCCUUUUUUGGAUGUAUGUAAAAAAAAGUUACAAAAUUACGCAGGAAGUUUUUGGGACACAUGGAAAGGCGCACUGAUUAUAAAGUAUAAUAACUUAUUGGCCGAACGUGCGGAUGUUUGAC